AUGUCUAUUGACAAAAUAAAUGUUAUCACUUCCUCAUCACAAACUAAUUACUUAGAGGCUAAUGAUAACAAUAAAUUAAAAGAAUCUUUACCAACUUAUGAUGAAAUUAUAAAUUCUUCAGAAUUUAAUGAUAUUCUUCGAGAAAAUAGAUAUGCACGUCUUCAAUAUCUUGUCCCAUAUAUUUCCUACAGAAAUGAACAUCCACCAAUAUUUACUACUGUACGAUAUCAAGAUACAGAAUCAGUAUGUGAAGAAGACAAAAAUAAAAGGAUAAAAUCCAAAUUGUUUGUUAUAUCAAUUUUUUUAAUUAUUAUGAUUCCAGCUGUAUUUAUUCUUGUAGUUAUUGUAACAAAUGUAUCCGUAACAUAA